AUGGCACGCAGAUCGCAACGCAUAUCGCACCCGUCUGCGCAACACAAGAGAGUGGCGUCGGGCUCUGGUCCGGCAGACUCGAAAACUAAACGCCCGAGGCAGGCUCCAAAGGCUGCUGAUGUUACGCCCACAAAGAGCCAGUACUUCCAAGGAGCCGACUCGCAGCAUCACGACACCGACGAAGACAGAGCCGACAGUCAUUCAGAUGCCCCGGAGUCAUCGGAUGUCGACGUCGAUGAUGGAAAAUCUACUUCCGAGGAAUCGCCGGAUGACGAGGACUUCGAUAUCGAGGAUGAAGACACCGCAAAUGGCAGAUAUGCCAAGAAUCGCAAGUCCGCAGCAUCAGCUCGCAAGAAGAUUGGUGCUGGCUGGAAGCCUGAAUCAACGACUGGUUUUGAACCUGGUGUCGAAGUCAUUCAAAAGAGGCCGAAGGCUAGACCUGCCGGGAAAGUUGCGUAUGCGAACGAGACCAUUCAUCCAAACACACUCUUGUUUCUCAAGGAUCUCAAGGCCAACAACAGACGAGAAUGGCUAAAGAUGAAUGACCCGGAAUUCAGGCAAGCGGAGAAGGACUUCCACUCCUUUGUAGAGGCAAUGACAGAAAAGUUGACUGGGAUCGACGACUCGAUUCCUGAGCUUCCUGUGAAAGACGUAAGCCCAUAUUUCUCCGUCGCAUGGUCACGAGCCGGCCGUAAAAGCAAUUACGCCCAUUACUAUGUGCAAAUUGCUCCUGGCAAUUCUCUCAUAGGAGGUGGCCUCUGGUCUCCUGAGGCCGCGUCAACUCGCGCAAUGAGGAGAGCUAUCGACCGUCAACCCAGACGACUGAAGAGUGUCCUGCUGCAUGACAACAUUCGCAGAGAAUUCCUCUCGGGCGCGGCACAGAGCGAGAAGGCGGUCGUCGAAGAGUUUGUGAGAAGCAAUGCCGAAAACGCGCUGAAAACAAGACCAAAAGAUUACGACGGAGACCACCCCGACAUUGCUCUUCUGCGCCUCAAGAACUAUACGAUGGUUCGCAGAUUGAACGACGAUGAGGUCUUGGGAGAGAGUGGCUUUCGCCGAAUUGCACAGCUAAUGGAGACACUGGCUCCUUGGAUCACAUAUUGCAACUCGGUAGUCAUGCCUGACGAGGCUUCAGAAAAUGAGACUGAUGAAGAUGAAGCGGAGCACGAACGCGAGGACGAUAACGAAGACGAAGACGAAUAGCAAAGGUCUGACCAGCAUUAGAUACUCCCACGGCUUGGGGGACGGAUUCACCGCCAGCAAUAAUUUUGACUAUCU